AUGCUGGGAAGGUUUGUGUUGAUAGUGGUCCUGUCUCUGCCUGGAUCCUAUGGGCCACCACCGUACGAGUGCGAUCCUUUUGAAUAUGAGGGGCCAUGGGGUUGUUGUCCAAAGUGUUUACCUGGAUUUCAUGUUUCUAGUCACUGCUCGGAGCACGCCACUACCACAUGUGCCCCAUGCCCCCAGUCUACCUACACUGAAACACACAAUGGGUGGACAUCUUGUAAGAUAUGUACCCAUUGUGAUUCAACUGCAGGUGUGAGAGUGAAGAAGAACUGCAGCUCCACCUCAGAUACUCUCUGUGAGCCUCUGGAAGGACACUACUGCACUGACCCAAUCAAAGAUGGCUGCCAAGGAGCUGUGGAACACACAAAGUGCAAACCGGGACAGUACAUCAAAAUGAAAGGUACUGCAUCCUCAGAUACAGUUUGCAAUGACUGCGGCUAUAGCACAUACUCAGACGGGUCCUUAACAUCCUGCAAACCACACACAGAGUGA